GACAUAGCAGAAGUACCAAACUCUCACAGCAGCCAGGACCUCUGCCUAGACACUCCCCAAACUGAGGAAUGGAAACUGAAACAGACUCUUGCAGUGAAAACAGGAGGGAGGUAACUUUUGGUUUCCCCAAUACUGCUGAGGAUAUAGUUGAGGCGUCACAUUGCAGCAAGCUGUGUGAUUAACGGGCUGAGGAACAGGACUGAGGACAAGCAGGCCCCAUCAACAGGAGCAAAGCCACUCACUUUUCCUGAAUUUUGAGGGAAAGCCCAGGCUUUAAAAAUUUAAUUUUUACUUCCAGGGAGUCUCCUGUCACCACCUCACUCUCUCACGAGCAAACAUACAGCAGCAGACCACACACCCAUCAACCCACUCCACCUGGACUUAUCUCCUAACUGAGAGCAUCAUUGCAUCUAACAGAGGUCUGUUUUUCUUUCAACUACGUUCCUAUCAGGAUGGCAAGCUCAAAAUCAUCCCAGACUACGCGAAACAUUGUGAUUGCCUGCCUGGCCUUGUGGUCAAUCAUCUCCCUUAUCAUUAUUGUUGUAUGGGCCACCUCACCCGAGAUGAAAGGAGCCACCCAAUGUCGCACAGAGAUGCAAGCUCUCACGGAGAGGCUUGAAGGGGAAAAGGUAAUCUGGACCAAAGACCGAAGAGCCCAGGAGGAGCUGGUAAGACAGGGAUGGAGGAAUCAGACUUUCUUACAGAAUCAAAUCGACCAGUACAAGGAACAAUUGCGAUUACUCAACGAGUCUCUUGAGUCCAGCCUCCAGGAAAAUGCUUUUUUGAAUAGUAACAUCACCUUUCUGGAGAGCAAGAUUGAAGAAUACAGAAUCGUGGAGGGGAACCUCACUGCUGAAAUCAGCCUGCAGAAAGACCAGAUUGGAGCCCUGGAACACAAUUUGACGCUGAAGGCCCACGAGUUGAUGUCGUGUGGGGCUUUACAAAUCGCUGCCAAACAGCUCCAAACGGUUGCAGAGAAGCAGACACAGGCCUGUGAGACCAGCAAGCAAUAUUUACAGAAACAACUCACAAAAUGCAAAAACAUGGACCAACAUAAACAUGAGACCGUUGAAUACCAUCUUAAUAUCAAUGACAACAAUGCAGCCCAAGGAACCACCACAAGGAGUAUUACACUUGUCAUGAUUCUCUGCCUCAGUCUGCUUUUGGAACAAUAGACUUCAUGAUGGAGUAUUUGGGUACAUGUUUCAAUGCAACACUGUUCUCUGAGGACAACACUGAGAUGUACUUGUAACCCUGGACAUGAAGCACAUUUUAAUCUACAUUUUGAAUGAAGAGCAGUGAUGUAAAAUUGAUUUUCAGUAUAAUCUAUGACAGUAUUUUCAUUGCUGUUUUUACUGACGUCUAAACAUGAUAAACUGACUGAUAGAAAACAUGAAAAAAAAAAUCUUUACCUAAUUCAACAAACAUAUGCUGUACUUCACUGGUGUUCAUUUUUAAAAAUUUGGUUAAAAUAUGAAUAUGCAUAAAAUAUAGGAAUUUUUGUAUCUAGAUGUUUCAGAAUUAUAUUUAUUUUCAUUUGGUAUAACCAGGAUACUGUGCCAACAAGAUGUUAAGAGCUAUUCAGAAAUUUGAUCGCACUGUUUUACCACUGUCUAUCUUUGAAAAUAAUCAUAAGAACCCUUUGAAAGCUGUUUUUGAAUAAAGUUACAAUGUUGACAUGACAAUAGACAACCUUUU